AUGCUCAUGUCAAAGUUGGUCAUGUCAAAGUUCCUCCUGUCAAAGUUGCGCCUGUUAAAGUUGCACCUGUUAAAGUUGCUCCUGUUAAUGUUGCUCCUGUUAAAAUUGCUCAUUCCUCCUGUUAAAGUUCCUACAGUCAAAGUUCCUACAGUCAAAGUUCCUCAUGUCAAAGUUCCUCCUGUCAAAGUUGCUCAUGUCAAAGUUGCUCAUGUCAAAGUUGCUCAUGUCAAAGUUGCUCAUGUCAAAGUUCCUCCUGUCAAAGUUGCUCCUGUUAAAGUUGCACCUGUUAAAGUUGCUCCUGUUAAAGUUGCUCCUGUUAAAAUUGCUCGUUCCUCCUUUCCUACAGUCAAAGUUCCUCAUGUCAAAGUUCCUCCUGUCAAAGUUGCUCAUGUCAAAGUUGCUCAUGUCAAAGUUGCUCAUGUCAAAGUUGCUCAUGUCAAAGUUGCUCAUGUCAAAGUUGCUCAUGUCAAAGUUGGUUGUGUCAAAGUUCCUUCUGUCAAAGUUGCUCCUGUUAAAGUUGCACCUGUUAAAGUUGCUCCUGUUAAUGUUGCUCCUGUUAAAAUUGCACCUGUUAGAAUUGCUGCUGUUAAAGUUGCUCCCGUUAAAAUUGCUCGUUCCUACAGUCAAAUUCCUAGAGUCAAAGUUCCUCCUGUCAAAGUUCCUCAAGUCAAAGUUCCUCCUGUCAAAGUUGCUCAUGUCAAAGUUGCUCAUGUCAAAGUUGCUCAUGUCAAAGUUGCUCAUGUCAAAGUUCCUCCUGUCAAAGUUGCUCGUGUUAAAGUUGCACCUGUUAAUGUUGCUCCUGUUAAAGUUGCUCCUGUUAAAAUUGCUCGUUCCUCCUUUCCUACAGUCAAACUUCCUACAAUCAAAGUUCCUCAUGUCAAAGUUCCUCUUGUCAAAGUUGCUCAUGUCAAAGUUGCUCAUGUCAAAGUUGCUCAUGUCAAAGUUGCUCAUGUCAAAGUUGCUCAUGUUAAAGUUCCUCCUGACAAAGCUGCGCCUGUUAAAGUUGCACCUGUUAAAGUUGCUCCUGUUAAUGUUGCUCCUGUUAAAAUUGCUCGUUCCUCCUUUCCUACAGUCAAAGUUCCUACAGUCAAAGUUCCUCAUGUCAAAGUUCCUCCUGUCAAAGUUGCUCAUGUCAAAGUUGCUCAUGUCAAAGUUGCUCAUGUCAAAGUUGCUCAUGUCAAAGUUCCUCCUGUCAAAGUUGCUCCUGUCAAAGUUGCUCCUGUUAAAGUUGCACCUGUUAAAGUUGCUCCUGUUAAAGUUGCUCCUGUUAAAGUUGCUCCUGUUAAAAUUGCUCGUUCCUCGUGUUAA